UACUAUCUAAACACAAUUCUAAACAGCUUCCUUCUUCUCGCAGUGACUGUGUAGUCUGUGAUUAUUAUACUGAGAAAGAUUUAAGCAGGUACCCCUCUAAACUUUACUAAAAUAAAUAAUGGCGGAACAGAAUUUGCAGAAUACAGAACCUGCUACUAAUGAAGUGGAAAGCAAUUAUUCUACCCCUGCAAAUGAUCCCAAAAAUAUGCAAGAAGUCACACAAUACGUGCAAUCUCUCCUUCAAAACAUGCAAGAUAAGUUCCAAAGUAUGUCUGACCAGAUAAUUAGCAGAAUAGAUGAAAUGGGUACUAGAGUGGAUGAGCUAGAAAAAAACAUCACAGACCUCAUGACUCAGGCUGGUGUGGAAAAUGAAAAGUAGUGAUAAUUUAGAUUUUAUUCUUAGUGUAAUCAUACUUAUCACUCACCCAAAGAUAGUGCCUGCGUGUAUAUUUUACGAAUCAGUACUAUAUUUAGUAAUAGCAUUAUGGGGCGAUGGCAAAAUUUCUAUCUUAAAUUACAAAUUCACAUAAAAGGUUCUGUUAUCCUCUUCUGAUUACGUAAAUUAACUUUAAUGGUAAAGCAGUCUUUUUUUUUACAUUCAACUGAGUUUUUGUUAAAGUACAAAGUGAAUGGGAUGCACUACUGAUGUUAAGUUCAAAUGAAAGUUAGUACUGCUAGUUUGGCUUUAUUAUAAUGCCAACAUUUUAUCACCCGUUGAACACAUUUUACAUGUUUUUAAACCCCUUACUUGAAAUAGGAUAUUGGUGUUGAUUCAGACAGGAUUCUCUAAACUUAAAAUCAGUCUGUCGUUUUCAUUCUGUAUAGAGAAUGACAAAGAUACACUGUUGUCAAAUUUAAGUUUAGCUUUAGAGAAUCAUACCAGAAUCGACAUCAUUGUCAACCAAAUUAACAAACUAUUAUGUUUCUCUGGG